AUUUGAUACACCGCCACCCUCCCUUGAAGGCACAGAGGGAACUCUUCGGCGGGUGUUAGUGUAUAUAUUUUCCUGGCGUAGCGCCUGCCCAGAUCUUUUGGAGUUUCUGGAGCUGCACGCCUGCUGUGGCAACGGGCAUGUUCAAGCAUGCCACCGACGCCUGUGAAUCCCAAGUGCGCCGGCUCAGUCGAGGUCCGCUCGUCGAGCACGGGGAGGCCCGCGCCUGCGAACCCGCGGUCAAGCGGGAGUUCGCCGACGAGUGCGACACGGUCCAUGGUGCGGACCCCGUGGAGAUCGACAAGAAUUCCUUCACUGAACACGGGAAGGACCACCUACGUCUCCGAGUCCAGCGGCGCUAUUCUGACCGAGUCCCCGUGCAUCGAGCAGGGGGAGGAGCACGUAACCCAGAACGCCACAGCUAUGCUCGUGCUGGAUGUGGAGGUCGCUGCCAAAGCUGCCGUGAAGAAUUUUAUCGACUGCACGGUCGAGGAGAGUGUUGGCGGUAAGGUGCCCUGCUGGACGCACCUGGGCAUCGACGGACAAAAGAGCCCUUCGAAAAUUACGACGACUACGGAGUCCAGGCCGUGGAGAGACGUUUCCAGCAAUUCGUCUCCAAUCGCAAGAGCGUCCAGGAGAUGCAGAUUUUUGACCGGCGGUUGAGCGCCAGCUUCAAUGCCAUGACUGUCAAUUUCCUGGGCGCAGCCGAGAGGCAGAAUGUACACCAAGCUCUUGCGCGCGCAGCGAAGGGCACGUGAGCGCGUAGGGGCAAGUGAGUGGGUUGACGAAGCCCUUUUUACUCCCUCUCCUCCCCCUUCCACUUCCCUCUGCGCAGAGUCAGGUUGUUGUCAGGCAGAGUUCGCAGUCAUGUCCGGUUCUUCCCCGAGUCCCAGCGUCGGUGGAGGCACAGGCUGUCAUCUCAUGCGGUGCCGGCCGUCUCGUG